UGUCACAUGCUUCCACAGACACUCCCUGCGUGGACAGUUUAAAUGUGCCAUGUUUGCCAGCAUGUUUUAUUUCAACUGAGGAACCUGACAGAGUCCAACCCUGAGCCGUCCUCUCCACAAUGAUGAUGAUGAUGAUGCAGGUGACAUUGUCCAUAGCCCUGCUGGUUCUUGCGGGCUCAGUCCACUCUGACUCCCCGUUUUACCUGCCCAUCGACUGUGGUGACAUCCAUCGCCGUGACAACACCAGCUCCAGCGGGGUGUACAUCAUCUACCCAGGAGGUCCCACCACGCCCCUGCAUGCCUACUGUGAUAUGGACACUGACGGAGGCGGAUGGACUGUAUUUCAGAGAAGGAUCGAUGGGACUGAAAACUUCUUCAGGCCCUGGAGGCACUAUAAGGCUGGAUUUGGGAACGUGGCUGGAGAGUAUUGGCUUGGCCUGGAAAACCUCUUCCUGCUGACUAUGAGGAAGAAGAAUGAGCUACGGGUUGACAUGGAGGACUUCGAGGGAGGGAAGGCGUCUGCCCAAUACUCCUCCUUCUCAAUUGGUCCUGAGAACAGUGGUUAUCAGCUUUACCUGGGCAGCUUCUCUGCCGGAGCAGCAGGGGACAGUUUGGCACAUCACAACGACAUGAAGUUCACCACAUUUGACAAAGACCAGGACCAGUGGGAUAAAAACUGCGCUCAGCAUUAUCUCGGUGGAUUCUGGUACAACAACUGCCACAAUGCUAACCCCACCGGCAUGUAUGUGCCUCACGAUGUCAUCGCAUACUCCAGUGUCCAGGUCAUCUGGAACACAUGGAAGGGCGCAAGCUCCCUCAAGACUAUUGCGAUGAAGAUCAGAUCAUUAUCUUCAUGUGGAUGUGCUUGAGAUUACUUUUAACCAAAAUAAUCAAAGUUGAAAAUG